GAGACGUAAUGGAUCUCGGAAAGAAGCUCAGCACUCCCAAAGACAUUAUGUUGGAGGAGUUAUCGUUGCUUUCCAACAGAGGUUCCCGGCUUUUCAAAAUGCGCCAGAGGAGAUCAGAGAAAUACACAUUUGAAAGUAUCCAAAAUGAGGCAAACGCACUGCUGAAUAACGAUAUUUCAGCUGAGAAUACACACACUGUGGAAAUUAAAGUGGAUGCACCAGCCGAUGGAAGCACUGCUAAUCCAGAAAUCACUGUUUCAGACACAACUGCAGAAAAGUCAAACGCCACAUCUAUGCCCAAGUCCUACCACUCCCCAUGGGAACAGGCAAUCCUCAAUGACCCCGACCUCGCCGAAACUCUCAAACUGGCAAUGUCAGCACCAGACCCACGACAGGACCUUCCUCAGUACAAAAGCUUUAACCGGGUCGCCACUCCUUUUGGUGGUUUUGAGAAAGCUCCCAGAGGAAUCACGUUCAAGCUCCCCGAGGUGGACCUGAACCCGCCCAGCUUCCCAGAGCUGCAGGAGCCGGGGGCGAAGCGACCCACCUUCAACAGGACGGCCCAGGGGUGGAUAUCUGAGGGCACCCAUCUGAUCCUUCCUGCUAUCACCCUGGAGCCCGUACAAGUCCCAGAGUCUGACGACCUGUAGGUGGUCUUACUGUAUGUAGUCUGGUAACAUGAUGUUGGAUGUAGUAUUCUGGCCCUGACGGUGAAACAGUCAUUUAGUAGUCACAGUUCUAUGGACACUAUAAAUAUUUCAUGCAUUUGUUGACUAGAGUGUUAGGUGUACACUUAAACUGAAGUCAAAGAAAAUCAUGUAAAUAGCAUAAUGCUAUGCAUGACUCAACAAGUCGAAAAGAGUUUCCACUGACACUGAAAGCAAAACUGUAAAUUUUAUACAUGUUCAGGUGAAUUGAUGAAUAUGUAAUGUAAAUAAAGAAUGCAACUUAUUUAUUGAUGGCACACAACUGGAAAAUGCAGUAAGUCAUAUUAAGCUUUUAAUAAGCAGUACAUCAAUUAUAUCGACUGUAAAGAAUUAAAAUACACAAAUAAAAUGAUGACGCUCAUUGCUAUUUAUUAUUAUUAUUACUAUUUCUACCAUAACUUUAAACUUCAUGCUACAGCAAGCAAAUGUUGUUAUACAAAUAUGAAUUGAUUCAUAGUCAUGAAGUAUAAUUUAAAUUAAAUUAAAGUUCAAAACAAAAAAAUAUUCAUAGAUUAAGUUAAACAACACUGAGAGCUCUUGAUUAUUGCUGAUGGCUGAAGAAUAUAUUAUUUGCAACUAGAAAGCAUUUUAUCUAAAGGAAAAAAUUAGAGGUCACGUCAAUCUGGGAGGAAGACUGAAAAAACCUGGACUUUAAGCUGUGAUGGAACUGUUCAAUUAAAAACAAAG